AUGCCAAUCAACUCAACGCUCGAGGCUCACGACUUCGCGCAUAUGACCGACAUAACCCAGCAGAUCAUAACCAACGCAGAAGUCCUCUUCUCCCGCGACCACGACCUGAAAGUCAUAACCGCGCAAGCGCGAGCAAGCCUCCACUAUGCCGCCCUAAUGGCAAGCGACAACAAGUCCGCCAGCAUCAACAAGGAGUACAAAACCCUCCUCGUCAGCGCCGGCGAGCCCACCCGGCGCGAAAGCGUGCUAAAGUUACUCGAGGAAACCGAACGAAGGAUAGCCAAGCAAAUCCUGAAGCGAUAA